AAUGAAUCAUCAACAUAAUAUAUUCAGUGACAUUUUGAUACCAAAAAAGGAAAAAAAAAAUAUCCUUAGCAAUACAAUCCCGAUCAUGUCCGGAAUUAGAGAUACGUGGAAUACAGGUCGCCGCACAGAGCAGCAAGAAUCGCAAAACAACCCGUUGCGGUCUAGCGGAGACACAGAGGGUGGCAUGCAGGGCAUGCAUGGCUCCCAAGGAAUUGGCCAGAGCGAAUUGGGUUCAUCUAAUACCUACGGCACCCAGUCAACUCAGGGCUACGGUGCUGGUGAGGAGCAGCAGUAUGGCCAACACAAAAUGGGCCGCAGCAGCCAGCCGAUGUCUUCUGGAAUGGGACAAGGCCAGGAGGGAAUCCACAACUUGGGAGCACAGGGCAUGGGCAGUGAGCAUCUAGGGAACCAGGGAAUAGGAAGCGAGGGAAUGCGGUCCGAAAACUGGCAGGAUCAGCCUGGUGAAAGCCCGGGAAGAAAACGUGGCUCGCAGUCCUCAGAGGCUUCCGACAUAAGCUCAGCAUCCCAGGAGUCCCACGACGAUAAGUCAGGUGCUAGUGGCCUUUUGGAAAAGGCCAAGGAUAAGUUGUCCGGGGUCCGCUAAAGGGAAUUUAUUGGAUAUGUUGGGAAAUAAAAAGCAUUCGCAAAUUGGAUAGUGGUGGCGAUAUUGUUCGAUUUUUGUUCGUUCCUGAUCAUGUCAAUAAAACGAGAAACAGGGUGAUCUAUAUUUUCACACCUCCAAAAAAGAUAAUAAUAAUAAUGAAAAAAAAAAAAAA